GAUUCCAGGACAUUAUAUAAAAAAAAGUGUUUUUGACAUUGACAAAUGCCAACUGCCAAUUGCCAACUUCUCACUUUUGCGAAUUUUGGUGAGAUUGGAAUUGGAUUUUAGGUUAUGUAUAGAAAAAUAUUGCAUUUUAUGUAGAAAGAAGAAUUAAAUAUAGCAAAUAUGAUAGUUUACACUAACCAGAAUAACACAGCAACGCUAAAAUUGCUUAUAGCUGGGAAAUUAUCUGGCAAAGCUUUUACAAUUCGAGCUGCUUCUCUGGAAGCACAAUCAACAGAUGUCUUCCCCGGACCAAGAAUUCUGCCCAUUCUUGAAGUGAAUGAAGACUUGAAGUUCUUCAGCAGCAAUGCAGCGACACUGUACCUUUACCCUGACUUAUCAGACAAUGGGCAAUGUCACCAGAUACUGGAAUGGGAGGCAACACGACUCCAACCGGUGGUAACAACAGUACUUACCAGUAAAUCUGUGCCCUCUGACUUGAAACAAGCGUUGAACUCCUUGUUACUCAUGAUUGAGGGGCUGUUGAAGAAACAGAAAUAUAUCAUUGGGGACAAAAUAUCAUCAGCAGAUAUUUCAGUAUGGAGUACAUUAUAUCCGAUUGCAUUCAACAAGACUUUAAAACAAGCCUACCUCAAUGAAUUUACCAACAUCACAAAAUGGGCAGAGGAGUUCGCAUCCAUUAAAGCUGUUGAGGAUGCUCUCAGCCAAUGGGAUGGAACUGUUGAAGGGCCGUUUGUUCCAAAUUCAGCUUUGGGUGUGCCACAAAUCACCAAUAUGGUUUCACCUAUUGGAUCACCAGAUGAAUCUCCCGAGCUGUCUGUAACAGCAGAAGAGAGAGAAGCAGCGAAGGAGAACUUUUUGAAUGGUGUGAAAAGUUUGCCAGAACCCUUGAAGUCUGAAAAACCAAUCUUACCAGUCAAAGGUCGAAAGAACGUGCUGAUCACAUCUGCGCUGCCGUACGUAAACAAUGUACCGCACUUGGGCAACAUCAUUGGCUGCGUGCUCUCAGCUGAUAUAUUUGCAAGGUACUGUCGGCUAUGUGGUUACAAUACGUUGUUUGUAUCUGGCACAGACGAGUACGGCACCGCCACUGAAACCAAAGCGCUGGAGGAAGGCAUAACCCCACGCGAGAUCUGCGACAAGUACUUCGCGAUCCACGACGCGGUGUACCGCUGGUUCGAGAUCGGAUUCGACUGUUUCGGCCGCACCACCACCGCGCAGCAGACCGAGAUUGCUCAGAGGAUGUUCUUGAAGCUAAUGGACAACGGUUUUGUCACCAACCAGUCCGUCAGCCAACUGUUCUGUGAAAACUGUCAGAGAUUCCUGGCUGACAGGUUCGUAGAAGGCACGUGUCCUCACCCCGGCUGUCUAUACGACGGCGCUAGAGGUGACCAGUGCGACAAAUGUGGAAAACUAAUCAACGCCAUAGAGCUGAUAGAGCCGCGCUGCAAAGUGUGUGCCCAUAGACCCACCGUCAGACCUAGUGAACAUCUGUUCAUUGAAUUGGGACAGUUGGAGCCGUCAAUCCGCACGUGGUUCAACACAGUAGAGGGUGGGUGGUCGCCGCCCGCUCGCGCCGUGACGCGCGCGUGGCUGCGCGACUCGCUGCGCGCGCGCGCCCUCACGCGCGACCUCAAGUGGGGGGUACCGGUGCCAGUGCCUGGGUACACUAACAAGGUGUUCUACGUUUGGUUCGACGCGCCCAUAGGCUACCUCAGUAUAACGCAAUGCUUCACUCAAAACUACGAGAAAUGGUGGAAAAAGGAUAAAGAUUAUGACGUAAAGUUAUACCAGUUCAUGGCCAAAGAUAAUGUUCCAUUCCACGGAAUUAUGUUCCCCGCUACCAUCAUAGGAGUGAAUGAGGGUCUCACACUGGUUGAUCAUAUAUUUGCUACAGAAUAUUUAAAUUACGAGGAAGGAAAGUUCUCUAAGUCCAGAGGUGUAGGCGUGUUUGGAACCGACGCUCAGGAGACCGGCAUACCAGCGGACGUAUGGCGGUUCUACUUGGCCAGCAUCAGGCCGGAAACUUCCGACUCCAGCUUUAGUUGGACGGAGCUUGGCACCAGGAACAAUUCGGAGCUGCUGAACAACCUGGGCAACUUCUGCCACCGUUCGCUGAGUUUCUGCGCCAGCACGUUCAAGGGAGUCGUGCCGGACAUGACGCUCACAGACGCUGACUAUGAGCUCAUAGCACUCGUUAACAGGGAGAUCGCUGCGUAUGUGAGCACGAUAGAGCGCGGGCGGCUGCGCGAGGGGCUGCGCCACGUGCUGAGCGUGUCGCGGCUCGGCAACCAGCACAUGCAGGCCGCGCAGCCCUGGGUGCUGCUGAAGGGCUCCGACGACGACAAAGUAAAGGGCGCGACGGCGAUAGCUCUGUGCUGCCAGCUGGUGGCGCUUCUAUGUACGUUACUGGCGCCCUACGUGCCCGCCACCUGCCGCCGCCUGCGCGACCAGCUCAACAUACACGAGGAGGCGCUGAGGAUCAACCCCCAGAAGCCAUCCUUGGUCCGGUAUUUGCCGGCUGGUCACACCAUCGGCAAGCCGGAGCCCCUGUUCGCCAAGCAGGAGCCCGAGCUGAUCGAUAAGCUGCGCGCCAAGUACGCGGGCUCGCAGAGCGACCGCGCCAAGCAAAAUGGCGAAGUUCCACAGACUGCAGCCGAAUUAGAAGCGGCUAUUGCAGCCCAGGGUGAAAAAGUAAGAAAACUGAAAUCGUCGACCAAAGACAAAUCAAUAUGGCAACCGGAAGUAGACAAACUGUUAGCGUUGAAGAAACAGUUGUCAUCACUUCCGGCGCAACAACCAGCUGUGAACAACACAGCUUACAGCGACAGUGUUGCUGACUUGGAGAAGGCUGUAGCGGAACAGGGCGGCAAAGUGAGAAAACUAAAAUCUACGACCAAAGACAAAGCGGUGUGGCAACCGGAAGUAGACAAACUGUUGUCAUUAAAGAAACAGUUAACGGAAGCGCAGACGCAACAGAAGAGCAGUGCUGCCAAUGUUGCCAGUAAUAGUAAUAGCAGCAGUGCUGCCGACUUGGAAAAAGCUAUCGCUGAACAGGGUGACAAAGUGCGUAAACUGAAAGCAUCGACAAAAGACAAAACAAUAUGGCAGCCGGAAGUCAACACACUAUUGGAUCUCAAAAAACAACUUGCCGCUUUGCAAGUCAACAAUAAAUAGAUAUAGGAACGUCGCUAAUACAGACAAUAUUUAUAAUGUCCAAUAAUUAAUUUUAUUUUGCUAUAUUCCGGAAAAAAAAUAAAGCCAAAAAAAUUGCAAUUGCCUAUUUUGGAAUCAAUAUCUUUAGGCUAGGAGAUUAUAAUAAUAUUGAUAUUAAGGUCGGACUCACUUUCGAAUAUGAAUACGAGUUGUCGUCGACAGUGACUGCCCACAACUGAUGCACCUGAAUUCUGACACUGCCGUGCGCACGAUUUCCCACCCCCGCAGUCAUACGUCCCCCGACACUCGCAUACCAUGGGAGUGUCAUCAACGGAAUUGCCAAGCUAUCGUAUUACUAAAAUCCGGCCACUCAGAGAUUGCGUUUCUGACAUCUGUCAAUGUCAAUGAAAUAUUUUAAUAUCUUUUAUUAACCUUAAUAACGAGUAAUAACAUUAAAAAUUUAAUAAUUAUACUGUCAACUUACAAUAAUUAAUUUUGGGCUACAUUAUUAACAUUUAAUUAAAUAACAAAUAUAAAAAGGUGACAUUGACGCAAUCUCUGAGCGGCCGGCCUUAAAUUAUUGCUACUUCUAUCCUUUUAGAGUAGUAUGUUGGGGUGAAACAAUUACAAAAAAGUUGAAAAAGUCCGCCUAUUUCAUUGGCCCACUAUCUUAUAGGAGAGGCCUUUAAAUUCAAACCUCAUAAAGACCUCUUGAUAUGAAGCUUAUAAGCUUACCAGAGAACUAAGACCACGAAGCCAUUUCAUGUUAAGUAUGUGUAACAUUUUUGGAAAGAUAUGGUUUUCACAGAAAAUAGCAAAAUAAAAUUGUUAUUAAUUUUUAUUAUAAUGAAAUAUUUAUUUAUUACUUUAUACUAUACCUUUGUCUCACGCAGGCAAAGUGUAAUGCGAAAGCUAGUGCGGCAUACGAUUGGUGCUUUGUAUCUCAUUAAUUUAUACUCUAUUUAUUUUUCCAGCAUUUUGUGAAACAAAAGUUCAGAAUAAUAUUUUUUUUAAUUUUUAUUCAAGAAAAAGAGUAUUAUGAUUUACCAAUUAAGUUUUUUUAAUGUGUUCAUUACAAUAUAGCGUCUAGCGUAUUUUGUAUUGAAUAAGUUGUAUUUGUAAAUGUGGCACAUGGUAUGUAAUAAAUAAAUGAUUGUGGAGGUA